AUGGGCGGCGUACCAUCUGUUCCGCAGGACCGCACCCGAAGCUUCAAAGUCAUUGGCGCUGGCUACUCCCGCACCGGUACCCUGUCUAAGGCGAUAACUCUGGAAAAGCCAUGGGACAGCCCAGUUAUGCAUAGAAGCUCGCAAUUGCUUGGUCGCGAGGACUCAUAUGUCAAGCUCUGGUCGCAAGCUUUCAGCACCCGUUACGACCGGCCUCGCCUGCUCAAGCUCCUUCGAGAAGCGACAGCAGGCUUUGUGGCGAUCACCGAUGCGCCUGGCAAUUGCUUCGUGCCCGAGCUUCUGGAGCUGUACCCGGAUGCUCGAGUCAUAGCCGUGCGUCGCAAUCGCGCGAGGUGAGCUGGGAGGCCGUGGCGAAAACGGCUGGCGCGGGGUUCCUAAACCGGUUCCUCGCGCCUGUGCCUGGGAAGAGAUGGUAUCCCUAAAUCGGUCAUC